CAAUAGAGCUCGGGGGGAUGGGGCGGGGCGGGGUGGGGCGGGGCGGGGGAGGGCCCACCGGAGAGCCCACCCUAUGGCCCCGCCCACCCGUUGCCUUUUCUUUUUCUCUUUAAAAGCUCUGUUUGCUUUUCUUUAGGUGCACACAAGUCGCGGCCUGGCAGCCCGCGCGCUCGUUCGCAGCAGGCUCUGGGCUCCAGGCUCCAGGCGCUGGCGCCGGGGCCGCGGGGCGGAGGCGGCUUCGUUCCUGUGGCGGUGCGGCCCGGGCUCCUAGUCCCCCAGAGCAGUGGACAGCGGCCUCCCCGGCACGCGCGACCCGCCUGGCCACCCUGAGGUGCCCCGCUGGUCUGCAGCGCCUCCUCCAGGGAGCCCGCCCUCCCAGCCGCCUUGGAGCCACAGCUGCUUCUCCUGGCAACCAGAGGAGAGCUGGUGUCACCUCAAGAAAUGAUUAAGAAGGAACACUGGAGCAACCUGGUCGGUGGGGCCCGGCAUCCUCUAUGUGUAGGGAGACUUUUGACUGGCUGUCCUGUGUAAGUUCAAGAGAAAGACUCAGGGCGCCGCUGGUGACUGGGCCUAUGUUUUCAGCCACCAAGUUGCAGAUACUAUCAGGAUCCUUCCUGACCUCCCUGGAUAGAUGACCUCACCAAUGUUUCCUGGAAUACCACCUGUUGUUGUGGUGGUGGUCAGGUGUCGGGCUGCACCGCGGAGAAGAGAGAGGAAGUCCAGAGCAAGUGGGGCAGUUCUGACUGUGUGGAUUCUGAUCACUCUAAGACGCACAGGGGUUGCCUAGUAACGUGCCCCCUGGAGUUCUGUCUGGUCCUGAUCCAGAGCCUGGAGGAGAGGCUUCAAGGUUGAUGAGUUUUCCUUGGAGUCAUCAGAAAGGAGAAACAGGAGGUAAACAUGGGUCAGAAGGUCACCGGAGGUAUCAAGACUGUGGACAUGAGGGACCCCUUGUACCGGCCCUUGAAACAGGAGCUCCAGGACCUGGACUACUGCAAGCCCACCCGGCUGGACCUGCUAUUGGACAUGCCCCCCGUGUCCUAUGAUAUCCAGCUGCACCACUCGUGGAACAACAAUGACCGUUCACUCAAUGUCUUCGUGAAGGAAGAUGACAAGCUCAUCUUUCACCGGCAUCCAGUGGCCCAGAGCACAGAUGCCAUCAGGGGAAAAGUUGGGUAUACACAAGGGCUGCAUGUGUGGCAGAUCACGUGGGCCAUGAGGCAGCGGGGCACUCAUGCCGUGGUGGGAGUGGCAACAGCAGAUGCCCCCCUGCACUCAGUGGGGUACACAACCCUUGUGGGAAAUAACCAUGAAUCCUGGGGCUGGGACUUGGGACGCAACCGGCUCUACCAUGAUGGCAAGAACCAGCCAAGUAAAACAUACCCGGCCUUUCUGGAGCCGGAUGAGACAUUCAUUGUCCCUGACUCCUUCCUGGUAGCCCUGGAUAUGGACGAUGGGACCCUGAGCUUUAUUGUGGAUGGACAGUACAUGGGAGUGGCUUUUCGGGGACUCAAGGGCAAAAAAUUGUAUCCUGUAGUGAGUGCUGUCUGGGGCCACUGUGAGAUCCGCAUGUGCUACUUGAAUGGACUUGACCCUGAACCCCUCCCUCUCAUGGAUCUGUGCCGCCGCUCUGUUCGUUUGGCCCUGGGGAAGGAGCGCCUGGGGGACAUCCACACGCUGCCGCUGCCUGCCUCCCUCAAAGCCUACCUCCUUUACCAGUGACAUUCCACCAAAGAUUGCCAGCAUGACAGCCACCUGGUGCCAACUCAACAAGCUGCUGCUGGGGCAGCGACCAUGCCCCUGCUUUGGACUCACGUCCUCAGUCAUGGGCAGAAGUCCUUGCACUCUUCCACCCUGUCCUGCCAGCUAUCCCUGGCUGGACCCAAACAACUCUGGACACAGACUAUGAGAUUUGGCAGAAGUCCCCUGCAAGCUGUCUCAGAGCCCCUCCAAGGAGAAAGACUCCUGGAGUACACACCUAGGAAAACCCACCACUGAUCUCCCACCUGCUCUCAGGCUAGCACGAGGUACCCUAGCACCUGGGGAGCAGAUUCUAGGGUACUAAGAUGUGCUUAUAUGAGGGCUAGUCCAAUGGGCUGUGCUUUGGGGACAAAGCUCAGGAGGUCAGAAACUCACCAGGGACAUUGAGGCAGAAACCAAAACUGGACCUUCUAUAGACACAUGAGCAUCCAGCAUCAGCCCCAGUCAUUGGUAUCCCUCACACAUACCCUGUAUUUAUUCUUUUAACAAUAACAAAAGCCAUUUAUUUAUUCCAUUUAGAAAGGAAACCUUGCUUGGGUCACCUCUCUCUGGAGAGUCCUGUUGCAUUCCAUCCACCUGCCCCUGGGAUGUAUAUGCCUCACCUAUUUUUUUGGGGGGAGGCAUGUCUAUCUUGUAUCUGCACUUAGGCAUGAGGGUGUCUUUGUUUGAGUUCCUUGCCAUGAAUAUUCCAGGAGUCCCUCCCUACUCUGAGUUCCCAUGUGGGCCCCUCAGGGAACAUCAGCCUCAUAUGCAAUAAGAGUGUCCAGGGGACCUGCCUCCUGGAGCAGUGACAAUUCCCUGUGUUAACACUUGCAUUUGGGCUUAUAUAUCUUUGCACAUAGUUUUAUUUGACUAUUCUUCUCUGGUGUUCUCAUUGUUGGAUUCAGCUUCACUUUCACUCGCCUGAUUGUACUGAAUAUUUCCCUCAGGCAUCCUCAGAAGCUCUGACUUCCCAGAGGACCAAUGAACUUACUGUCCCUCGGACAAAGUCUAAUAGCCCAGUUCAUCAGGAGUCAUUGAAAGCCACAGGAGGGGAAGAGUGGGGCUGGGGAGAGCAGCUGGUAGGGAGGUGCCUCUUCCCACUGCCCCUCCCCGCCCCACUCAGCAGACCUCAGCACUCUGCUAUGGCGUUCACCAUCACUUUUAUCUUGAAGUCAACUGUCUUAGAAUCUGACUUCCGUUCAUUUCUGUACAGGUACAAUAGAUGACUUUAUUUGUUUAAAAUGUUUAAUAUAUAUGCAUAUAUAUUUGUCCAUAAGAAUUGUUUUAUUAACAGCUGCUGUAAGGUUCCUUAAAAAGAAAAAAAAGUCUUCCAGUAGACUCUAUUUUUUAAAGCACAAAAUUGGUGCCAAGACUGGGUGAGGAAUAUAAUUACCCUCUUAUUAUUUUCAGCAUUUUCUCCCUGGGGGCAGGAAGCCUUACCUGCAAGGCUUUUGAAGAUUUUCCUUACUCCCAUUUCAGGGUAGGUCAUUUUCUGAUGAAUGUUACACAUGAGAGUUUCACCUCUACAGAUUCCUGCUUUGUCACCAUGAUCCAGCCCUCUCUCUCAGACUCUGGAUCAAUCACCCCCCCCCACACACACACUGGUUGCCAUGCCAAACCCCCAUCCUUGGCCCCUCAACUCCACCUUUCUUUCCUCUUAGCCCAGAGCCUGGUGGCGUGUACAAUUUUGAAACUUCCAUUUUAUUUUAUGGUGGUUGAUUAAUAUCCAAUAACCUAAUAAAGAAAAUUUCAUUAAAAUACAAAA